GGAACGGGAUACGCCAGUAAUUCCGCCCUGUCGCAAGAUGGCGGCGGGGAGCGGGCGCCGGCGCGGCGUGCUGCGGCUCCUGAUGCGGAUCGGGUCGGUGCUGCUCACGCGCUUCCCGUUCUGGCACUGCCUCAGCGGCCUCCUCCUUAACGCCGAGCGCGCCGAGGUCCGCCGGAAACCAGACAUCCCUGUCCCAUUUCUCUACUUUGACAUGGGUGCAGCAGUUUUGUGUGCCAGCUUUAUGUCCUUUGGUGUGAAACGUCGAUGGUUUGCUCUGGGGGCUGCUCUCCAGUUGGCUGUCAGCACCUACGCAGCAUAUGUUGGAGGCUAUGCGCAUUAUGGAGAUUGGCUGAAGGUUAGAAUGUAUUCACGAACAAUAGCCAUAAUAGGUGGACUUCUGGUCUUGGCCAGUGGCGCUGGUGAGAUCUACCGCCAGAAACCACGGAACAGAUCAUUGCAGUCUACUGGACAAGUUUUCAUUGGAAUCUACCUCAUUUGUGUGGCCUACUCCCUUCAGCACAGCAAAGAAGACCGCCUGGCCUAUCUUGGUGGUAUCCUGGGUGGGGAGAUCAUCUUACAGCUUCUCUUCAUUCUCUAUGGUGUCCUUGCCCUCUCCUUUCUGUCUGGUUAUUACAUCACCACAGCUGCUCAGAUCCUGUCGGUAAUUCUCCCUCUGAUCAUCCUCUUCAUUGAUGGCAAUCUGGGCUACUGGCACGAUUCUCGCAGAGUUGAAUUCUGGAAUCAAAUGAAGUUGAUUGGCCAGAACGUUGGGAUCUUUGGGGCCUCCAUAAUUUUGGCCACUGAUGGCUGAGAAUAAAUCCACAAGACUUGAGGAACUAUGCUUGAUUUCAGGCCAGGGAGAGGAGAAGACUUCCAGAGAAGUGACUUGGAUUUUUAAUGAAUUGCUUAUUUAUUUUUGUUUUUACUGCAUUGUUGAAACUCCUUGCUCCUUCCUACUGGCAGCUAAAUGAACUCAUGUUCUUUCUUUACAAUCCGGGGUCAUUUUUCUUCUAUUUUUUCAGUUUUAUUUUUGUCAAGGACAGUCCAGCAGCUGUCCUAUUUCUUGAGCAAUAGAAAGUGAAUGAUUAAAGGCCUUUAAUUACAUCAGUGAAAAUUCAGGGUUUUAGUCUCCCCCUAAUACAAUUGGUAUAGAUUUUUGUUUCCAGUCUUUCAGAAACUUAAAGAAAACUUGAACAAAGUUUCCACUCAGAGUGCUGCUGAGCAAAAUUCCUGGGUUGAGUAGGCAGAGACAGAGAGAUUUUGACUUUGGAUUCAGGGGUAUCUACUAUGAUGGUGGUUGUCACACAAUGUGCAAUUUUUUUAUAUCAAGUGGGGCUUGAUAAUGCUCAAAGAGAUUAACAUGAACUGUAAAAUCUGUGUUUGCAUUGGCUGACCUGUAUGAAUGCAUUUGUGAAACUGUAUUACAGUGGUACCUCGGUUCACGAACUUAAUUCGUUCCAUGACUCUGGUCGCGA